AUGCCCUCCCACACAACUAAAAAUCUCGCCCUGGUCUUCACCAAAGUCCCCGACCGCAAUCCCGUCCCUGGUGAACACAUUGCUGUCAAAGAUGUCGGCCCCUUCGACCUGGACCAACCACUUCCUUCCAAUGGCCUGCUUCUAGAAACACUCUACGUGAGCUUCGACCCAUACCUCCGGGGCCUCUUGCGGGAUCCCUCGGUUAAGUCAUACCUACCCGCCAUUCCGCUGGGAAGUCCCAUUGCCGCGGCAACUCUGUCGCGGGUCCUCCGCUCGAACCUCGAGGGCUAUGCCGAGGGAGACGUGGUGAGGCUGUUGCUGCCCGUGCAGCAGUACAACGUGUACGUGGCAAAGCCGCCCAGGGAGGGCGAGGCGCAAUGGGAGCGACCGUUCAAGAUCCCCAACCCGGACGACCCCGGUCUCGACCUCCGACACUACCUGGGCGCUCUGGGCAUGCCGGGCCUCACUGCGUACUCGUCGCUGUAUGAGAUUGGCAAGCCUAAGCGCGGAGAGAUCAUCGUCGUCACGUCCAGUGCGGGCGCCGUGGGGCAAUUGGUCGGCCAGUUGGCGAAACAAGAGGGUCUGACCGUCUUUGGAUCCGUGGGUAGCGACGACAAGUUAGAUUUUAUUGUUAACGAGCUCGGGUUCGACGGCGGGUGGAACUACAAAAAGGAGCCCAGUACCAAGGAGGUGAUUGAGCGCCUGGUCCGCGAGUACAAGGAGAAGAAGGGGGAGAAAAUGCCCGAAGAACUCGGCAAUGGAGAGGGAGGCAUCGAUAUCUUCUACGACAACGUCGGUGGCGAGCAGCUGGACGGUGCGAUGGAGACGUUGAAUCUGUUCGGACGCAUCGUGGCAUGCGGCCAAGUCUCACAAUACAACCUACCGCCGUCGGAGCGGUACCCGAUCCGUAACACGUUCCUGUGCGUGGUCAAGCGGCUGACCAUGACGGGGUUCAUGGUCGGCGACGCCAACAUGGGGCCCAAGUACGCGAAAGCGCACCAAGAGAACGUGGCGCGGUGGUUGCGUGAGGGCAGGUUCAAGGCGAAGAUCCACGAGGACGUCGGCAUGGAGGCCGCCGCUGAGGCCUUCGCCGGUAUGCUCGAGGGGCGGAAUUUUGGAAAGGCCAUCUUGAAGGUCAAGGUCUAG